CUUGUCACUUGUCAGCGGAUUCAACCAGUUUGUAGAGUGUGAUUUGAAAUCGACUGUUUGUUGAUCCAAACGGUUAAUACCUCCCCCACAAGUAGCACCAAAUUUCCGUGCUACCUUCUUCUCCCCUUUCUUCAUUCGUCUGUGCAGAUGCCGAUCUGCAAUCCGUCUUCUUCGUCUUCAUCUUCAAGCUCUAGCUCCACCAAGUCCUGGAUUAUUCACGGCCUGGCGGUUGGGGCGGCGGCCGCGGUGGCGAUCGGCGCCCAUGCCUACUUCAAUUACCGCCGAUCUGGAAAAUUCCGGAGCCGGGUCAUCGGAAUUAUACCCGCCCGUUUCGCUUCAUCUCGCUUUGAGGGAAAGCCUCUCGUUCAUAUUCUCGGCAAGCCAAUGAUCCAGAGAACAUGGGAAAGAGCGAAAAUGGCAACUUCAUUGGAUCAUGUUGUUGUGGCAACAGAUGAUGAUAAGAUUGCUGAAUGUUGUAGAGGAUUUGGUGCCGAUGUGGUAAUGACAUCGGAAUCUUGCCGGAACGGCACCGAACGAUGUAAUGAAGCACUUCAAAAGCUCGGUAAGGAAUACGAUGUUGUUGUCAAUAUUCAGGGCGAUGAACCGCUCAUUGAACCAGAAAUUAUAGACGGCAUUGUUAAAUCCUUGCAGGCUUCUCCCGAUGCAGUCUUCAGCACUGCAGUAACUUCUUUGAAAUACGAAGAUGCACUCGAUCCGAAUCGUGUCAAAUGUGUGGUGGACAAUCAUGGAUACGCAAUUUAUUUUUCACGAGGACUUAUACCAUUUAACAAAUCGGGAACUGUCAACCCUCGAUUUCCAUAUUUACUUCAUCUGGGAAUUCAGAGCUACGAUUCAAAGUUUCUCAAGAUAUAUCCAGAGCUACCGCCAACUCCGCUUCAACUGGAAGAAGAUCUUGAACAACUGAAAGUCCUCGAAAAUGGAUACAAAAUGAAGGUGAUUAAAGUCGACCACGAGGCCCACGGUGUAGAUGUCCCAGAAGAUGUAGCUAAAAUCGAGCAGUACAUGCGCGAAAGGAACUUGCAUUAGCAGCCUGCCUGCCUGUAUAUUUUGCUUACAAUACCUACUUACAUAGUGAGUUUCACUUGUGCAUAUUGUUGGAAUGAAUUCUUUUAAAUCCUAUAAUAUGCUGUGAAAAUUGGCUUCUAUUUUAUUGCAGCGCUGAUCUGUUGAAAGUAGAAAAGACUUGUGUGCAGAGUUUUUAUGUUGGAAAUGUACAAACUCAAUCAUUUGAUUCGAUUUGUGUAUACUAAUGCCCUGUAAUUCAUUUUCAUAUAGGAGUGUAAGAACUUGUGUAAGAACAAAGAAGACACCCAAUUCGAUUUGUAUUGGCUUUCCAAGGGAAUUUGGAUUUUGGGAAAAAAAAAAAAAAAAAGAAGCAAAUUAAA